CCCACGCGCUGCGCAGCCGGGGCCGGCGCCGGAGCCCGGGGACACUUCUCUGUCGUCACAGUUAGUUUUACAUGUGACACCCAUAAAAGAUGAGGCUGAGAACACGCAAAGCUUCUCAGCAAUCAAAUCAAAUCCAAACGCAACGCACUGCCAGAGCCAAGAGGAAACACUCGGAAGUUGACGACAGCCUGCCUUCAGGAGGGGAGAAGCCGCCGAAGAGUGAGACCGGCCUGCUGUCUUCAAUUAAAAAGUUUAUUAAAGGAAGCACACCCAAAGAAGAGAGAGAAAAUCCUUCAAAACGGAGUAGGAUUGAACGCGAUAUAGAUAACAACCUGAUCACAUCAACACCAAGAGCAGGAGAAAAGCCCAACAAACAGCUGUCUCGAGUAAGACGGAAAAGUCAAGUAAAUGGAGAAGCUGGUAGUUAUGAAAUGACAAAUCAACAUGUGAAACAGAAUGGAAAACUAGAAGAUAGCCCUUCCUCUGGCAGUCCUCCAAGGACUACAUUGUUGGGGACCAUAUUUUCUCCUGUCUUCAACUUUUUUUCACCAGCAAAUAAAAAUGGAACAUCAGGAUCCGAUUCCCCAGGACAGGCUGUGGAAGCUGAGGAGAUAGUAAAGCAGCUUGAUAUGGAGCAGGUGGAUGAGAUCACUACCAGCACCACUACAUCAGCUAAUGGAGCAGCUUACUCACAUCAGGCCGUCCAAGUGAGGCCGUCCAUAAAUAAUGGUUUAGAAGAAGCAGAGGAAACAGUUAAUCGUGAUAUACCACCCCUUACAGCACCAGUAACACCAGAUAGUGGAUAUUCAUCUGCCCACGCAGAGGCCACCUAUGAAGAAGACUGGGAAGUAUUUGACCCCUAUUAUUUCAUCAAACAUGUUCCGCCACUGACAGAAGAGCAACUGAAUAGGAAACCUGCUCUUCCGUUGAAGACAAGAAGCACACCAGAAUUCUCCCUAGUUUUAGACUUGGAUGAAACACUAGUACACUGUAGUUUAAAUGAGCUGGAAGACGCAGCACUUACUUUUCCAGUCCUUUUCCAAGAUGUCAUUUAUCAGGUUUACGUGAGAUUAAGACCAUUCUUCAGGGAGUUCCUGGAACGAAUGUCUCAGAUGUAUGAGAUCAUUCUUUUUACUGCUUCUAAGAAGGUGUAUGCAGACAAGUUACUGAACAUACUAGACCCUAAAAAGCAACUGGUCAGGCACCGGCUUUUCCGUGAACAUUGUGUUUGUGUACAAGGAAACUAUAUAAAGGACUUAAAUAUCCUUGGAAGAGAUCUUUCAAAAACUAUAAUAAUUGACAACUCACCGCAAGCCUUUGCAUAUCAGCUAUCUAAUGGAAUCCCUAUAGAAAGCUGGUUUAUGGAUAAAAAUGACAAUGAGCUACUAAAAUUGAUUCCAUUUCUGGAGAAGCUAGUAGAACUGAAUGAAGACGUCCGACCACACAUCAGAGACCGGUUUCGCUUGCAUGACUUGCUGCCCCCCGAUUAAUUGCAGAGACUUGUCAGACCGCUGGAGGGGAGAGGAUGCAGGACCCUUUUGGACUAAGACAAAAGCAUUGCCAUUACUGUUGAAAUUUUGCAUUUUUGUACCCGUCUUGCUUUUCUUAUCUUGGUGCCCAGUAAUAAUCAAGGGUUACAGAAAGAGACUGUCUCUCAGAUUGAAUACACACAGUAGGUAGGCGAAAACAGAAGCGUCUUUAGAACUAGUGCAACUCCAGUGAAAUUUUUUUAUGUACAGGACAUCUGCAGUUUAUAAAGAAUUCUGUUUCUGCCACCAGCAGUUUGACCUGUAGUCACACAGGAUUUUAUGAUAAUAACAGAGAUGAAAAUGGACUUUUAUUUUCUCU